AUGUUGUAUAGUCUUGAUGUGCUUGGUGUAGAAGACCGGGGAGAAGACGAUCAAUUGGAUGUUUACACCGAAUUCAACGAGACCAUUGUUCGAGACAAGGAAGGACGGUACCAAGUCAACGUUCCGUGGAUACCUGGUGCUCAACUUACGGAGACGAAUGAGAUACAGAGCAAGAAACGCCUGCGUUCGGUCACAAAGAAACUCAAUCAAGACCUCGGUUUGAAAACAGAAUACCGGAACAUCGUAGCCCAACAGCUUGAGAAAGGAAUCAUCGAGAAGGUCCCAGGGGAACCGACCGGAAGUCGUGUGUUUUAUAUGCCACAUAAACCAGUGGUAAAAUCUUCUGCCACAACCACAAAGGUCCGAAUGGUGUUUGAUGCCAGCGCGAAGCCAAACCCACUCGCUCGAAGUGUUAAUGAGUGCAUGUAUAAGAGCCCUCCACUACAGCCGUUGCUGUGGGACAUAUUGAUAAGAGCUCGAAUGGCUCCGAAUUUGUUAAUUGGUGACAUUCAACAGGCAUUCCUUCAAGUCGGAUUGAAACCAGAGGACAGAGAUGCCUUUCGAUUUGUAUUUGAAUUGAUAGACGGAACGGAAGAGCAAUUCAUAUUUACCAGAAUACCCUUUGGCGCAGAAGCGAGCCCCUUUCUUCUCGGAGCCACCUUGCAACACCUUUAUGAUAACCAACCACAGGAGAACCAUACUGAUACUCUGUUGACACUUACGGAGAACACAUAUGUAGAUAACUUAAUGAAGACUGGGGACAGUGUCGAAGAGUUGAAGGAAUUUAAGCACGAAGCUACAACCAUCAUGGAGGAGGGGAAGUUUCCUGUUCAUAAGUGGGAGUCAAAUGUUCAUUCGCUAGAGAGUGCGGACAUGCCCGAUCCUGGAAAGAUACUGGGUUUGACAUGGCAUAAACAAGAUGACGUAUUAGAGAUCCAAGUUCCUGAACGAGAUAACGGACAGCGAAUUACAAAGAAAUCUAUUUUGAGUCAUUUGGCUGGUAUUUACGAUCCGCUCGGAAUUAUAUCCCCAACAGUUGUGGAAGGUAAACACAUUUAUCGCGAAGCAUGUGAUGAAAAUCAAAACUGGGAUUCAGAAGUGUCUGCGGUGCUAGCCAAGGAUUGGUUAAAAUGGACUAGACAACUUCGCAACGUACGAAUACCGAGGAGCGUGAUUCGAGAAUGCAGGAAAGUGAAGGCUGUUCACUUACAUCUCUUUGCUGACGCGAGCAAUUUGGCUUGCUCUGCAAUGACCAUUGCUGUUGUCGAACACGAUACGGGAACAGUGAAAGGGUUUCUAACAUCAAAAUCUCGAAUCUGUAAGCGUAACACAUCCAUCGCACGCUUGGAGCUGAUAAGUGGUCAGAUGGCAGCAAACUUAGCCAGGAAUCUUGUCAACGCUCUGAAGAGACUGCCCGUCAGAUCAGUGACCAUCUGGAUGGACAGCCUGGUCGCUCUCUACUGGAUUUCAAGCCCUGGAAAAUCAUGGAAGGUGUUUGUCGCAAACAGGGUGAAAAAGAUCGCGGAAAUAACGGAGGAAAUCGGGAUUCAAUGGAAGUAUGUGCCAUCAGAGAAGAAUGUUGCAGACGCGGGAAGCCGAGGAGCUACGCUCAACCAAAUGGAGAACAAAGAUUGGUUCGACGGUCCGGAGUGGCUGCUGAACGAACAUGAUUGGCCUUCCCAGCCGACGUUGCAUCGCUCGUCCUCGGUGACAGAUGAAGCGAAACCAAUCAAGGAAAUAGUUGCAUUCGUCAAUGAAAACCAACAAGACGAGUGGGAUCUCUUGCUAAGGCGUAAACCUUAUUGGAACACUCUAAGAAUUACCGCUUGGGCAUUACGAUUUGUCCAUAACAGUCGAGCAAAAAAGAUGGGGACAGAAAUAAUAAAGGGCCCGUUAACUACGAACGAGAUAACACACUCCAGAGACGUCUGGAUAAGGAAAGUACAAGGACACAUUCCAGAAGACACUGAGAGUAGCGGUUGGAGGCUGGAGAAAGACGAGGAAACGAAGAUCCUGAAAUGUGUUGGAAGGAUUCAAGGUUAUUCACCAAUUUACUUAGAAAACGGAUUGUUUGUUGAAAAACUGAUUCGCCAUAUUCACGAACAGACAUUGCAUUUGGGAAUUGCUAGUACCAUGGGUGUUAUUCGAGAGGAAUGGUGGGUUCCUCGGUUGAGAUCAUUAGUAAAGAAAACAAUAAAUUGUUGCCAUACCUGUAAAGUUUUCUCAACAAAGCCAUACGGUAAGACAGACACAUCACCUCUACCACAGUUUCGCACGGAAGCGAGCAAGCCCUUUCAAACCACGGGUGUCGAUUUCGCCGGGCCGCUGGUUUACAAAGUCAACAAGAAUAAAGAAGGCAAAGCAUCUAUUCUUAUUUUCACCUGUUCAGUCACGCGAGCUGUUCAUUUGGAAGUCACGAAGUCACAGACAGCGGAAGAAUUCCAAGACAAGUUAAACGCCUUCAUAUGUCGGAAGACGAGACCACAACGCAUCAUAUCAGACAACGCAGCAGUCUUUAAAGCUACAGCCCAGUGGAUAAAAAAGAUCCGGAAAAGCGAAGCACUACAAGAUUUCUUAGCGAAACAAAGAAUAACAUGGCAGUUCAAUUUAGCAAAAUCCCCUUGGUGGGGAGGGAUGUACGAAAGGCUAAUAAAGGAAGUGAAAAAGACGUUGUAUAAGACACUAGGCAAGACCCAUCUUACGUUAGAUCAACUUAUCGCAGUGGUAAUGGACAUUGAACGCCAUUUAAACAACCGCCCACUAACCUACAUCGAAAGUGACGGAGGGGAGCCUCAAGUCCUGACACCCAACACCAUUUUAUGGGGCGACGAUUCACAUAUUUUGGAAGACCGAGAACAAGACGAAAGUGAAGUUACGAAGAUGCAGAGACGUCUCAACGCCGCCAGACAACACGCGUGGAACCGUUGGCACAAAGAAUACAUACACAGCCUUAUGGAAUCUCAUCGCAUAGUCAAAGGUGACGGACAACUGCCGAAAGUCGGGGAGAUCGUAUUAGUACUCGGGGAAGAAAAGAACCGUGGGCUUUGGAAGAAAGGCAAAGUAUUGCGACUUAUAUUGGGAAAGGACGGAGUUGUGCGAGGAGUUGUACUUCGGCAUAAGGGCCACGAGAUUGAGCGACCUAUUCAAUUAGUUUGCCCUCUAGAGAUACGUAGCAGCGAAGUAGAAGAGCCGAAAGCGCCAACGCCAAAAGUCGAGGAGAAACAGGAGAGACCACCAAGGCGUGCAGCAGAGAAAGCAAAGGAAAGAAUUCGGCACUGGCUUGCUGAUGAGGACUGA